AUGCGCUGGACGAGAAAUACUGUUGCUGCCGCUCUGGCUCUCGCUACUCUGGGCAGUUGCGUUCACUACACAGACAGCUGUGCUGACACCAAUCUGUCUGGCACCACGCUGUCCGGCCACUGCGGUGACAACAAGGGCAACAAUCCUUACAGCAGCCUUGACCUGAGUAAGAAAGUUGGCAACAACUGGGGAGUUUUGACCUGGGGCGGAGUUAGCUUCCAGAAUAGCUGUUCCGAGAUUGUGUACAACUCGUGGAAUGGUGUCUUAUCUGCCAAGUGCGGCAAUGGUGGUGGACGUGAUGUCCGCACGGUCCUGAACUUGAACAACUACAUCUCCAACAACUGGGGUGUUUUGACAUUUGACUCUUAG